AGACUGUAUCCUAAUUUUGAGUUCAAUGGUACGUCUGUAAAAUAUGCCGGAAGUGUCUUGUCAUGGUCACUUUUAGGUGUGAAUUUUGCAGCAAGGUAUACACAGUUUCCCAAAGUGACUAAUGAUGAAUUAAACAAGAAGGAUUAAUAAGGGAUUAAGACAAAUGUCGGGCUUACGUCGAAAGGAAAAAUGGGAGUCCAGUAUGUCGGACGUGACCUCCAACGGGAAUGCUGGGGACACGGGAAGUCUGGGUCCCCCCGAUCUCAUGACCAACAACAUAGACCCGGGGAUCUACAGAAAUAACGGCAAGGCGGCCAACGGGGCUUCACAGGUUACUAUAGCAACAGAGGAGACAGAAGACAGCAGAAAGCAGAUGUUUGGUAAAGACGAAAACGAAGAACGCGGAAACUGGACCGGAAGAUUUGACUUUCUUCUCUCAAUGCUGGGAUACGCCGUUGGUCUUGGCAACGUUUGGAGAUUUCCCUAUUUAUGUUACCGUAAUGGCGGAGGGGCGUUUUUAAUCCCCUUCAUUUUGAUGAUGAUACUAAUUGGAGUACCCCUAUUUUUUAUGGAAGCAUCGCUAGGACAAUUUUGUAGCAGUGGUCCUCUCACUUGUUGGAAAUUUGCACCGCUUUUCAAAG